AAUCUGAGCUUGUGGACCGCGAGUGCUUGACUGGAGGUGAGCUCACAAGAACUUCACCAUGUUACGAGACUGGAGAGUAGACCCGAGUUAUCCUUGGAAAUAAUUUCGUUUUCUUUUCCCUUCUGCCAGACUCCAACGUCAAUAUUUUCCGAAUCAAUGGCCAGUGAUUGUGUCGGAGAACCAAGAACAUAUAUCAAUUCUUCGUCCUGCACCGGUAGGCCUCUCCGUUUUUGGAUCAGGCGUCAUUUAUUUUGGGCGAAGGAAUCUAUGAGGGAGAAGUGGAUGGUUUUGCUUCCAAAGUUCCAACAGCUCCUUUUCCAUUUCUCAUAUAGACUGGGUUGGUACCUUCCCCGUAUACUGCUUUCGGGGUUCCUGUUCCUAAUGCUUGACAAUUCGUACACAGAGUAUGGCGAGAAUUCGGAGACUCUGGGGCCUGGGCUAAUUUCUUAAAGGCCUAACCCCAAUUGACGGGGGACGAACACCCCAUAAACCAAUUAUGUUUCU